AUGAGUUGGAGUUCAGCGUUGCAUGGAACAAGCCCGAAUGGGGACAAGAAGUUUAAGGGAGUUCGGCGUCGGAAAUGGGGGAAGUGGGUGUCGGAGAUUCGUGUUCCGGGGACGCAGGAACGCUUGUGGUUGGGAACCUACGCCACGCCGGAGGCUGCGGCGGUGGCUCACGACGUUGCUGUCUAUUUUCUAAGGAGACCUUCAAAGUUGGACAAACUUAACUUCCCCGAAACCUUGUCUUCUUACUGUGUUCAGCAUAGGGACAUGUCUCCUAGGUCUGUUCAGAAGGUGGCUUCCGAUGCUGGCAUGGAUGUUGAUGCCAGAAACAUUGUUGCGGGGGAAACGUCGACGGUGGCAGAAACAUACGAGAAUGAAAAGAGGAUUGGUGGUGAUGAUGAUCACGUGCACAAUAGUAGUGUUGAUGAUUUGUUGUGGUGGGAUAUCGAUGGCUUGGGGGAUGAUGAUUUUGUGACUUGCAAUGCAAGUUGCGAAGGGGAGGCCUUGAGCGUUUCCAUUGAAGAUUAUGGAGCUUUGUGGAAGAGUUUAUGAACAAUUAAGAGUGUUUUUAACUUAUUUCAAUAAAAAUUUUGGCAUGACUUAUCAAAAUGAGUUUAUUUUGCUUAUUUCAAUAAGCUUCUUUGAUAAAUUCAUGAUGAUAUAAGUCAUUCUUUAAACCCAUUUAUUGAAUAAGUGUUUAAAUAGUAUUCAAACGCUUCGUGUAUUGAAGCUUCAACUAUAGUGAUCCUUUUAGAUCUAGAAUAUUAUGUGUAUAGAUUAUGGAUUAGUAGUUACGGUAAGAAGUAAUUAGUGUUCGUGUAUAAGGGCAAUAAGAGAUCAACAUGCUUCUGAGACUAUGUUUGUGGCUUGUGCUGCGUUUUCAAAGCAAAGGAAAAUGAAACUACUAAACGAAAAUUGAAACG